AUGAGUCCUUCAGGACUCCUCGCAAAGAGCCCUCAUGGGUCUGUUACACCAACCAGAGCUUAUGGCUCCUGCGGGCUGCCAAGCCAACGUCAAAGAAACACAAACCUGCAGGUCGGAAUGACCGCACGGACGGGUUGGUCCAUCUUGGUCCGUCAGACCAACCGUCAGCCCGUCGGAUGCCCUUGGGUCAGGAAAGUCAGCCAACCCUGUUUGCCUGGACCCUCAUAUGCUGUCAUAUGUCGGCCAGCCGCCGGUUGUCUUAACGGCCCGGACUCCGGGGUCGGGAUUGUUGUGAACAUGUCAGUUUUACCCUAA